GUUUGUGUCCUUUUGGCUGACCGCAUGACUCCGUAUUUCGCUUCGUCGCUGUACUCGUUGUAAGCUGAGUAGCCGAGUGCGCCGCACGCGCUUCGUCCCUCCCCACGACUAGCUUCGCCACAACCGCUUCAGCGCGCCCCCGUCUCGGUCCUCCCGUGUCCUCGCUCCCGGAACAGUUCGCAGAAACUUUGAAAGUAUCGUACAAGUUGCAGUGAAGUUGAAGGUCGACCGAGGUGCAGUGAGUGGCAGCAGCAGCGUGGUGCUUCGCGGCGUGUUGCAGGUUGCGUUGCCGCCUCACAAGGAGAUAAUUUGCGAAAAGAUUUUGACUCGGAGUCAUAAAUAUCAUUGUAAACGAGCUCGCUUAUAAAGUUGAGCCUUCACCGCCCCGGCUUGCCGCAGUCCGCCGAGCCGUCAACUCGCUUUGUUCCGCGCCCCACGUCGCCCCGACCCGCCCUGGCCGCCGCUAUGCUCGCGCACCAAGCACCGCUCUAAUCAACCGUCUACAUCGAUUCGAACGCGUGUGAUAAUCAUUUUAUUUAAUACUCGCCUAAAUAAGCUUGCAACGUCGGUGUAUUUAAUUAUAACGUAAUUGUAAGAUUAAUCAGUAGUAAAGAAGUAUUCGCAAUAAACCGCGCGUGUAACGUAGCGGUGGUGCGUAGUGGUCAGUGAGUGAGUGAGCGCCAGGCGCCGCGCGCGCCGUCCCCACAGCCUAUGCGCCGCAGUCGCUCGGAGUAACUGCGAGCGAGUCCCGCCGCCUGUCGACCGGAGCCAGCUAUGGCCACCAUGGUGAACAUGAACAGCCUACUCAACGGCAAGGACUCACGCUGGCUGCAGCUGGAAGUGUGCAGGGAGUUCCAAAGAAAUAAGUGCUCCCGGCCGGACACAGAGUGCAAGUUCGCGCACCCCCCAGCCACGGUCGAAGUACAAAAUGGACGCGUCACCGCCUGCUACGACAGUAUCAAGGGUCGGUGUAACCGGGAGAAGCCGCCGUGCAAGUACUUCCACCCGCCGCAGCACCUCAAGGACCAGCUGCUCAUCAACGGGCGGAACCACCUGGCGCUGAAGAACGCGCUGAUGCAGCAGAUGGGCCUGACGCCCGGGCAGGUGCUGCCGGGGCAGGUCCCCGCCGUGGUGGGUGGCGGCGGCGCGGCCGGCCCGCACCUGGCGCUGGACCACCUCGGCCUCGCGCUCCUCACUCCGCAGGCGUCGUCCCCGUACCUGUCGGGCGUGCCGGGCGUGGGCUCCACGUACGCGCAGUACUACGGGCCACAGCUGGUCCCGGCCAUGCUGGGCCACGACCCCUCGGCCGCGUCGCCGCUGGGCGUCAUGCAACAACCCGUGAUGCAGCAGAAGCUGCCGCGCACCGACCGCCUCGAGACGACGGCCGGCGCCCCGCAGCCCGCCGGCAGCCAGGCCCCCGAGAGCAAGAAGCGCCCGGCGCCCGCCGACCAAGAGCCGCCCCCGAUGGACAUGAAGAGCGUCGGAUCCUUCUAUUACGAUAAUUUCGCCUUCCCCGGCGUGAUGCCGUACAAGCGCGCGGCGGGCGACAAGGCGGGCGUGCCCGUGUACCAGCCCGCCACCACGUACCAGCAGCUCAUGCAGCUGCAGCAGCCCUUCGUGCCCGUGUCAUGUGAGUACCCCGCGCCCGCCCCCGCGGCCGCGGCGCCGCCCCCGCCCACGCCCACGCCGCCCGCGCCCGCGCCCCCCUCGCCGCCCGCCGCGCCCGCGCCGGAGCCCGACGCGGCGGCGCGCGCCAAGGAGGCGGCGCACAAGAGCUACGCGGCGGCGCUGGCGCUGGCGGCGCAGCACUCGGCCAUGGCGGCGCAGGCGGCGCACGCCUACACGCAGGCCACGCAGCAGGCCUACAAGGCGCGCGCGGCGGCCGGCGUGGCGCACGGCAUGCUGCGCGCGCCGCUCGUCAUGCGCGGGGCCUGGCCGCCGCCGCCCUACUACCAGCCGCCCUACAUGUACAUGCCGCCGCCGCCGCCCUCGCCGGCGCAGGCCGCGCAGCAGGCCGCCCAGCACCAGCCGCACAACCCCUACAAAAAGAUGAAAACGACAUAAGUGGCGCGGCGCGGCCCGGCGCGGGGACUCCUAGAGACUCGUAGCAGUGUGUGUAGCCCUGUCGGGAACUAGCGCUAGGCGUGUUGUCACAUUUGUAUUGUACUAUUAUUGUAAGGACGAAGCGAGCGGCCUCCCGCGAGCGGAUGUCUAGCUAGUUUUACGCUAUACUAUUAUUAUUCUAUUGUGUAUUACUCACUUACCGUUAUCUUAUGCGUGUAUAUUUCUCGUAUCUAUAUGAUCCCGGUAAUAAUAACGCUUAAAAAUGCAUGAACAUCCGUUUUUUAUUACCUCUUGUCGAUCGUCGUAUAUCUGAGUAUCGUCGUACGAACAGUGUAUCGCUUGUCGGUCAUAUCCCGCUACGAACACGCUUGCCGAGGCGAGCACUAACACGCCACACGCAUGACGUCACACUCGAGGCGCGGACUGUGUGUCAGUAGGCGAGGCGACGAGCGUCGUCCUCGUGUUUUGUUUUGUUUCGGUCGCACUUCCUUCAACUUACUCGAGACGCUUUCUGUUCCAUGCCACCCGAAUGACCGCUUCGGCUGUCGUCUGCAAUAUAUGCAAUGUUUUGUCGCUUUUAUUGUGCGUGGCACAGGCUGCCCCGCCAACGCGCCAUACGUGUGCUACACGGACGAGCGCGGACAGGUAACGAGUGCCGCACUGACGUGACGUAGGCUAACCGAUUGUGGAACACUAGCCAGGCUCGAUGCACCGUACCUGCCAGCAAGCGGGCGGACGCUCCCUGCUCCAGUGCGUCCGGGCGACGACUAACAGGCCGCUUGCCCCACUCGCUUGCGGUACUUCCUUGACCUUCAAACCUUACUUAGCGACCAUCACUUUGAGUUCGAUCCUAACCCAUCAUCUUUACGCUUGAACCCUUGUGUUGUACAGAGAAUAGUAAGCGCUAGAGAAGCAGCACAAACACUAGGAUGUAUCAUAGAAGCUGGGAAGAAGUAGAGCUGUAAGCAUUUAUUAGUCUUCAUUAACAAUUAUCAGUUCCGCUUGCUUUCUCACGCCUCCUCGUGUAACUUAGAGCGUUUCCGCUUGUUUUAGUUAAACGCUUCUUGACACACAACUGGUAGUCUAAGCGAUCCGCCGACAACGGUCCGGUACUACACCAGCUUCCGACAUCAUCCGUAACGCACUACCUACUACCGUAACCCUCCGCUGAACCACUCGGCGCCUACACUCGGUCCGCUACCUUCCUCUACUGCUACACUACUGAUAGGCUGCGUACUCUUGUCUCAUUAUGUCUCAGCUUCCGUAAACCUACUACUGUACAAUAGGCUCUGCCAAUGUAUUAAGUAAGCGCGGCCAUUCCGCUAAAUACCAAUGAGUAACUCCGAAUGAUAAGGUUCAAAUAACAAUUGUCAAAGAUGGCAGCCGCUUGCCUGAACCUCAUGUGUAUCAGUGUCAUAUCCAUUCAUCAUUUUAGUAAUUUGUGCUGUAAAUGUAAACCUACCAAUGAACAUUUAUUGUGAUCAACAGUUGAUGCUACAACUACCUGUUAAUGACUUUCUUUAUUAGUUUUUGUAUAGUGAGACAUUCUUGCUUUCGAAUGUGGAAGAAGUCACUCUUCAAGUAUUGCAUUGCUUACACCCGGUAAGAUACAUUCAGCUUACUAUAAUGUCCUGAGUAUAAGAUGCCCCGCCCGCCGCCUGUACUGAAACACUGCCUCACGCAUGUAGACUACUAAUCAUGCUGACUCUCAACGCUUUCUUAACUUCUACAAAUAUAUAUUAUGAACAACGGCUGUUUCAGUACGGGUGGGUUUAAUAAUCUUACAUUUGAAAAGCCACUGUAAAUUUUGUUAAGAAGUUGACAUUUUGUUUUAAACGAGCUGCCAUUUUAUGUUUGGUUUACUUUAUAUUUUUAUUUGACGUUUGAGUGUCUGUCAACUUCUUGGCGUUACAUUAUUAAGUUUUGCCUCCGGCCUGUGUCAACUAUCAACUGCUUACAAGGGGGUUUUAUUAUUUACACUUUUACAUAUUUUUACAACUUUUUAAUUUAAUUUAAACGCUUGAAUAAUUAAACAAUGUGUGUAGUUGGUAGUUGAAAUGACGUUGGUAAAGUAGAAAAUCCGAAGUGACAUUGUGUUGUACAAUCCCUUUAAUGUGAUCGUUUUGUUACAUUACUUUGGUUAAACUGAGCUGUUGUCCCAGCGGGGCCAUCGGUCACUUCGACUUUUCCUUAAUAAUGCUUGUAAGCGCUUUGACGCGGCUUAAUCCCUCGCUUGUGACUCGUCAAGACUCUCUCUGAUGCUUAUUUAAAGUGUUCACGUAGAUGUAAUAUUAAACUUGGUUUUAUUUUGUUUGUCGUACAGUAACAGCACUCUAAUGGUCAUUAUGUUGCAGUUUGUACUUCCACUAACAUGUCACGUCCAGAACUGUCAUGUAAGCUAAAGGUAUAAAUUGAAUUUGUCUAUUUACAUGUUAACCAUGCCUCCUUACGACCAGCAUAGCAUGACCCCGCAGGCCGACGGAAGGUGCCGACGUAAUCCCACACCGCCUCUUUAAGCUUCUAGCAACAGUUGGUAUUUUUGGGUAUUCACUUUGGACGCUACAGACCUCUAGAGAGCCCUGGUAAAACUUGUCUAGCAUCAUGCUUAAGCUUUUUUGUAAAUUAUAGUCACGCUUAAAUAAGAUUGGCUGCGCAAUAAUGAUUAUACUUCAAGCGUUCUGCAUGCCAUUUAGAUUAUUAUAUUUCAUUCCUACUAUGUGCCUAGUGAGCGUAAUAACACAAACACUGACGGUGGGAGCUCGUGCGAGAAUAACUAGCUGUGGGCUCGACCUAAUAUCUAUGCUGUUAAGAUACAAAUUUGUGCCAAUCAAUAUUACAAUAUAAAGGUGACACACAUCUACACCGACAGGCGCGUUUCUGAAAGAAUGCUUGGACAGUCCGAUCAUAUUGUGCAACGAAUCUUGUAAAGUUCUUGUAAUAUUGAAGCAGCAUCGCCUUCUGCGCCCGUCACUCCGCUCUCACGAGAAACUUAACACGCAAAUAUUACUAUUGUCCUUUUAAAAUUAAACAUAACUUAUAGCAAGGUUACAUUUAGGCUGGAUAAACCCGAAACAUGUUUAGAUAUCAUUCGAAUCACUAGUAAAUGCUCUUUGAUAUUACAAAAACUAUCGUAGCGAUACUUUUAAAGAUGGCUGUGCGAUGAGGAUAUUGUCAGAUGUAUGAAUGUCCAUUCAGUGAUGAUUUAGAUUUAGCAUUAACACAUUAACAAUGAUAGCACAAAAUGUAGAAGUAACUUAAUAAUAAAUCCACACAUUACAAAUGAAAAGCUUCCAUGAGAUUCUAGCCACUUAAAAUACCUUUAUAAUAGUCAUACUUUAAGAAUAUCUAAGAUAAAUGUCUAACCAUUUAUGUUACAUGAUGAUUUGUAAGAUCGUUUCCACAUUUUGUGAAAUCAGCUAUAAAUUAGAUGUUAGUAACAAGAGUCACUCACACACGGUUGUUCCACAUUCCGCACUCGACGCCACAAAUCACAACAUAAUGGAUUUGCGUGUUGGAUCUAACGCGAACAUUAAACAUAUAACAACUCCACGACACGAGAUCGUAACUGUGAACUCAUAUAAAAUGAGAUUUCUAAUUCAACUGCUUUAUACCUACAUAAUUUAUUGGAAUUUGAAGUAUUUUCCACAGAUCUCUGUUACCAAAUGAAUAACUUUCAAAUGAAUGUUGUUACGAAAUGAAAGCAAUGAUUACAGAAAAUGACAUUGAGGUGGACCAAGUGGACACAACCGUGUGUUUGUGUUUUAGAAAAACCGUGAUAUAAAUAUACUUAGAGUUGUUUAUUAUGUUCACAGUUACUGGACACCCUCCCGGUGUGCCAAGAUUUUAAUCGACAUGGAUGUAAUCGACGGACCUGCAGAUUUGUUCAUAUACGUGAAGGGUGCGGGUUGCAGGUGGUGUCGUCGCGCGUGGUGGUGUGUCGCGACGCGGCGGCGGGCGCGUGCCGGCGCGCCUCGUGCCGCUACUACCACAUCCCCGUGACCCUGCCGCCCGCGCUGCGCCCGCCGUAACCACCCCCCCCUUCACCCCCCGCGCCGACCAACAGGCGGACGCUGCACGAACACCACAAUCCUCUGUUUUUUACUUUCCCGCGACACUCGUGCAGCGCCCCCCCUGCGGUCCCCCCCCCCUCCCCACACACACACACCCCCGCACCCUCCUCGCCGGGAGCUUCGGCGGCUCCGGCCACCACUAGGUAUGUCGGUUCAGCGUGAAGUAGCGGGAUAUGAUUCUCAGGCAGGUCGUUCGAAUGUGAUAUGAAUAGAUUUCGAGGCGCCGGAGCCCCUCGAAUUGUGUUAUCGAGAUCGUCAAUGUAGGUAGUUAGUGAGGUUUCAAAUGUUUUAUUACUAUUAUUAAUUAUUAUAUUAUUUUUUUAAAGAUACGAUAUUGAGUUCCUGUAACGAUGGGUGCGUGGUCGCCCGCAGACCUUGUUGUAAUGUGUAGGUACAUAUAUAGCGACGGACCGCGCCGCGCCUCUCCCGGCCGACGCCUCAGUUGCAUCUCCUUGUCCUAAAUGUGAGCAUUUUGUGAGAAUUAUGUUAAUUUUGUUUUAUUCAUUAUUUAGUAAGAUAAAAAAUAUGUUUUUCUAGAUAACAUACACUAGUGUAGAUUUAAGUGAAGCAGUAAAUGAGACACCAAUAGAGUAUCCGCUUAUCGUCGACACGUAAACUUUUGAUGCCGGAGCGUUCUCGCCCGCUCACCGCUCACCCAGCACUCACCUCACUCGUAGAGUGACUCACUCAGACGAUUCUAUCUAUCUAACUAAAUACAAUGAAAGUUAUCGGACAAUAUUGAAACGAAGAAAGCAUACUUCCAAGAUAUUUAAAUUCUAGGAUAGAAUGUCGGCUUUUAUUCCUGAUAGAUUUUGCUAGAUAAAUCAUUGUUUUACCGACCGAUCCUCGCGAUCGGAGCACAAACUAUGAACGGACGUUGCGUCAUCGCCUCUCCGUGUUCGACUACAGAUGAUGAACAAUAUUGUUUCCGACACAAACAGUAUUAACGUUUUGAUCAAGUUUAUUCUCGUCGUAUGUAUGUAGAGGUGAUAUGAGAUGAGGCGGGGUGCGGCGCGGCGGCUGCCCGGGCCAGCGCCCCCAGGUUGCCGCCCCCGGCCAGCGCCCCGCGCCCCCGGGUUGACGCCCCUGGCCCGGCAAGUGCCCCGGCAGCCUCCGCACCUGCACUCCUCGGCAAUGGAAGCCAAAUGCCUAAUAUUAUUCCUAGUCCAUAUCCUUUUUUGUUGAUCAGUCAUGCGAUUAAUAUUAGAAUAAAAUAUAAUAAUUUGAUUUAUUCCUCCCAUUUAGUGGAUAUUUUGAUAAUGAUAUAUUAAUAAUGAAAUAUUUAAGAUACAUAAUACAUAUUUGAUUCUAAAUCCUGAUAAAGUGACACUACGUUAGUAAUUUAGUCGGAGGGAUACUUGUGCCGUGAUUAUAUUUUUAGGUAUAUAUUAUAAAAUAAUUCCUAGCGUCGGAAUUAAAGAAGUGAUUAAUGUGUAAGCGUGUUAUGAUAUAUUUAUUGUCGUAUCGUAAGUGGAAUGCCAUAUCGAUAAAACGUGAAGAGCGAGGCGGAGUAUAACUCAUUGGUUGGUAGCGAUUGUUUAUAGUAGGGUUUGUUUGUUAUUGGAAGUGUCGAGGACCGCCCGCCAGGCGGCGCCACUGGCGGUAGGCGGGUAGGCAGUGCGUGCUGCCUCGGCGGGUAGGCGGUGAUGGAAGUGUUGGCCGACUAUCAUGGUUCGCGUGACUCGUAUGAGUACGAUUCACUUUUAUCAAUACGGCACUGUAUGACUCAUAAAUAUUAAAUAAGUUGUCUUUUUUAUUAUUUUGUUGGAAAUUAUCGUUUCACGAUUAUUUGUUGUCCUUAAUUUUUAUAACCAAAAUUUUAUGAUCUGACGCAUUUAUUGUAAGACAAUGGAUUACUUUUAUAAUUAAUUAGUGUGAUAAUAAUUAUGGUAUAAAAUUGCCGUUAUGAAAGAAUGAACAUCGAAAGUAUCCUUCCUGUUUAGAAGGGACUCUUCUGGCCCAAGGUUUCUAGUGGAUUUUAUAUUUUUCUUUUUGUUGUAUUUCUAAUGUUGCGUGUGUCUUACACAUAAUAUAUUUCAUUUUGUGAUAUUUUUAACUAUAAAGUACUGUUAUUGUAAAUCCAAAUGGAAUAAUGACCUAAUUAAAAUAUUCAAGAAUUUAUUUGUAAAUCACAAAAAAAAAUGUAAAACUGUAAAUAUAUUGACAAAAAAAUGAACUGCAACAAUAAAUUGAUAAUUAUCUCUCAUGAUUAAAUUGUAAGUCGUGGGUACCUCCCGUUGGUCUCCCACCAGCAGCGGGGCACUAAGUGUAGGCAAGUCAUUCUAUAUACUUGAAGUUAACCGGUCCAGUGAACAAAAUAUUGAUAAUAUUGUGAACAUUUUUUUAUUCUCGAACAAUCACAGAAAGUACAUGACAUUGUAAUGUUAUUUAUGAAAUUACUAUGUGAUGUGAUCUUCGGAUCAAUUUUGAGUACAGUAUAGAUAAUAAACAACUGAAUAUGUGA